UCAAGAUUCACUGGAAGCUUCCCUCUCCAGAUAUGGCUGUGCUAGGCUUUAUCUUAUCUUUCACCAUCCUUUCACUAGGGCAUGGGAUGCCCACUCUUCUUCACACAUUGGAGUCCAGAUUUCCAUUACAAGGAUCAAUCCAGAGACUGGAACCUUCACCUGUUCUUCAUGGAAAAAGACUCCCCCAUGAUAUGAAAUAUCCAGUCUACAUGAUGCACAUGUACCAGAAUCUCAUGUCAGGGAAAUUUAAAGAUUUGUCCAUUCGUGGUGAACCUGUCCUUCAGGAAUCUGACACAGUUUUGAGCCUCAUUGCAAAAGGAUGCACCCAAGUGGAUAACCGGUGGACAUUAUCUUUCGACAUGUCUUCAGUCUCCAUUAGCAGUGAGUUAAGGCUGGCGGAGCUGAGAAUCCAUUUGCCUUCUUUUCAGAGGUCCAAGAAUGUGACACUAGAUAUCUACCACACCAAGGACAAUCUGAAGAGGAUCUUCCUAGGGUCAGUGGCCAUAGAUUCCCAUAUUACUCCAGUCUCCUCCUGGAAAGUCUUUAACUUGACACCGAUGCUGCACCACUACCUCUAUCAAAAAGGGAGAUUAUCCAAUGAGCAAUACACAGAGAUCAAGGCAACUUCACAUGAAGAACAGAAGGUUAGUUGCAAUGGUCUCCUAUCUGAAAGAAUCAUGUUGGUGGUAUUUUCUACAGAUAGACUCUCUUCCAAACUCACUGGUUCCCCCAGUCUUAUUGAAACAGUCGAGUCCUCAAAGUAUAUCAUAACAGAGGCAAACACCAGAGACACAGGCAGGAGGCGACACAGGAGAAACCGUUAUACUCUUGACAGUAUUAUAAGAAGCGGCUUUUAUUCUCGGCCUGUGGGAGAUGGUAAAACCCUGUGUAAGAGAGUAGACAUGAUUGUGGACUUUGAGAAAAUUGGUUGGGGUGACUUAAUUAUUUACCCUAAGAGAUUCAAUGCUUAUCGAUGUGAAGGAUCCUGCCCGAUUCCACUGGAUGAGAACUUCAAGCCAACAAACCACGCCUACAUUAAGAGUUUGGUUAACCUCUUUGAUCCUGAAAGAGUAGAAUGUCCAUCAUGUGUACCAGUGAAGAUGAGGCCUCUGUCAAUGCUCAUGUACGAAGGGGAUGAAAUUGUUCUAAAACACCAUGAAGACAUGAUUGUAGAGGAAUGUGGAUGUUAUUAAGGAAUAGACAUUAAAGACAUUUAAUACUGGAGCUGUAGAUGAAGAUAAAAGACAAGGAACUUUGUGAAAAUGAAGACAGUAAUAAAAAAGCAAUUGUAUAAUAUGUAAUAUAAAGUCACUGCAGAGACUUAAAGAUUUUUAAAAAACGUCUUGCAAAUGCUGAGGAAUAUAUUGGGAUUAUGCUGACUUGAAAUGUAAAUAAAUGUAUUUAUAUUUAAAUGUGCUAACAAUAAAAAAAACUCAGCUUCUAUGAUGGGUAAAACUAA